UUUUGGCAACCUUUUUCCUUUCCCUUCCCCCCACCUCCUUUUUUUAUUAUUAUUAUUUAUUUGGAGUAACUCUUCCUGGAGUUCUCUAUUCCUUUCCCUUUUUUUUUUUCUUUUUUUUCUUUUUUUUUUUUUUUUAAUCUAGAGAGAGGAAGAGCUAUAGAUAGAAAACUUCUUUUUGAAUGAUAAUUUCUCCCCCUCCUUUUUGGACUGGGAGGGAGUGAAAUCUUUUUACUUUUUGGUGGUGGUGUUGUGCCUUGUGUGCGCGUGUUUCCUUCCUCCUCUCCUCCUCCUUGCUUUCUCUCUCUCUCGCAACAGCCCCGGUAAAUGAGAAGAGACAGGUCUUCUCUGCCAAUUUUUUUUCUUUUUUUUUUUUCUUCUUUUUUAUGGAUCGGCAAGGGGAAAUUUAAAAGUGGCAUUUUAGUGCCUUUUUCCUGCAGUUUUUUUUUUUUUCUCUCCCCAAUAGAGAUCUUUGGGGCUAAGGUUUAGGCAGAAAGUUUGGGGGCUUGUUAGUAUUUGGGGGGGAGGGGAGCACAUUCAUUUUUUGUGUGUAUGUGCUGUUCUGCUGUAGGCUUAUUGGAGAAUAACAGUGUAAGUGACAGCCUAGAAGUAGACUUUCUGCUCUUCACGCUGGAUAGAAAAGCUUUUUUGCCCACCUUGUCACUUGCUCUUGUACGCAUUGAUUUUAUUUUUGAAAGGACAGCCAGGCUUAAGCUGUCCGCGGCUCAAUUAAAAACUGUAACUUUUUUUUCAUUUUUAUUACUACACUUGCCUGGUCAAUUUGAUCUUAAUUUCCUUUUUCCAUUCCUAAAGCUUGAAAAGGUAUUCUUAGUAUUUUUUGUCCAUUGCUAUUUUGCUCAUGGCUCCUUUUUUUCUCACUAUUUAUUUUUGCCCCUCCCCUGCUUAGAGGAAAAUAACAAAAAAGAAAAAUAAUAGAAUUUUAAGGGAAGUAGCCUUUAGGUCUGCUGGCUUUUUGUUUGGGUAUUUUUUCCCUUUAAAAAAAAAAAAGGGACCUAGAAAACAUCAGUCUUGAACUUCUUCCUCUUCAAGAGCUCGAGCUGCAAAGGAAACCUUCUUUGUUUUUGUUAUUUAUAUGCUGUCAAGUUUUGAAGUGGUGAUCUUUAGAGGCGGGACUGAGCAUGGAUCAUUUGAACGAGGCAACUCAGGGGAAAGAACAUUCAGAAAUGUCUAACAAUGUAAGCGAUCCGAAGGGUCCACCAGCCAAAAUUGUGCGCUUGGAACAGAAUGGGAGCCCAUUAGGAAGAGGAAGACUUGGAAGUACAGGAACUAAAAUGCAAGGAGUGCCUUUAAAACACUCUGGACACCUGAUGAGAACUAAUAUUAGAAAAGGAAGUAUGCUUCCAGUUUUCUGUGUAGUGGAACAUUAUGAAAAUGCCAUUGAGUAUGAUUCUAAGGAGGAGCAUGCAGAAUUUGUGUUGGUGAGGAAGGACAUGCUUUUCAAUCAGCUGAUUGAAAUGGCAUUGCUAUCACUUGGAUAUUCUCAUAGCUCUGCUGCCCAAGCAAAAGGGCUAAUCCAGGUUGGAAAGUGGAAUCCUGUUCCACUCUCCUAUGUGACAGAUGCCCCUGACGCCACAGUAGCAGACAUGUUACAAGAUGUGUAUCAUGUAGUCACACUGAAAAUCCAGUUACACAGUUGCCCUAAACUAGAAGACUUGCCUCCUGAACAAUGGUCUCACACAACAGUAAGAAAUGCUCUGAAGGACUUACUGAAGGAUAUGAACCAGAGUUCAUUGGCCAAGGAAUGUCCCCUUUCACAGAGUAUGAUUUCUUCCAUUGUGAACAGCACUUACUAUGCAAAUGUCUCAGCAGCAAAAUGUCAGGAAUUUGGAAGGUGGUAUAAACAUUUCAAGAAGGCAAAAGAUAUGAUGGUUGAAAUGGAUAGCAUUUCCGAACUACCCCAACAAGGUGCCAACCACGUCAACUUUGGUCAGCAACCAGUCCCAGGGAAUACAGCCGAACAGCCUCCAUCCCCUGUUCAGCUUUCUCAUGGUAGUCAACCAUCUGUUCGGACCCCACUUCCAAACCUGCACCCUGGACUCGUAUCUACUCCCAUUAGCCCUCAGCUGGUAAAUCAGCAGCUGGUAAUGGCCCAGUUGCUGAACCAGCAGUAUGCAGUGAAUAGACUUCUAGCCCAGCAGUCCUUAAACCAACAGUACUUGAACCACCCUCCUCCUGUCAGUAGGUCCAUGAACAAGCCGUUGGAGCAGCAAGUUUCAACUAACACAGAGGUGUCUUCCGAAAUCUACCAGUGGGUACGCGAUGAAUUGAAACGAGCAGGAAUCUCACAGGCAGUAUUUGCACGUGUGGCUUUUAACAGAACUCAGGGCUUGCUUUCAGAAAUCCUCCGAAAGGAAGAGGAUCCCAAGACUGCCUCGCAGUCCUUACUGGUAAACCUUCGGGCUAUGCAGAACUUCUUGCAGCUGCCAGAAGCUGAACGAGAUCGAAUUUACCAGGACGAAAGGGAAAGGAGCUUGAAUGCAGCCUCUGCCAUGGGCCCAGCACCUCUCAUAAGCACACCGCCUAACCGUCCUCCACAAGUCAAAACAGCUACCAUUGCAACAGAGAGGAAUGUAAAAACAGAAAAUAAUACCAUGAACAUUAAUGCUUCCAUUUAUGAUGAGAUUCAGCAGGAAAUGAAGAGAGCUAAAGUGUCUCAAGCAUUAUUUGCAAAGGUUGCAGCAACGAAAAGCCAGAACAAGGGGACAGGGAAGUGGAACCCAUUCAAGAAAGUUCCAACAAGGAAGAACCCACCCGUAUGCAUAACACUACACUCAAAUGGAUGGAGGAGAGUUCUUCCCCAGCACCAGAAGGGUUGGCUCUGUGAACUGCUACGUUGGAAAGAAGAUCCCUCACCAGAAAACAGGACCUUAUGGGAGAAUCUGUCAAUGAUCCGAAGGUUCCUCAGUCUUCCUCAGCCUGAACGAGAUGCCAUUUAUGAACAAGAAAGCAAUGCAGUUCAUCACCAUGGUGACAGGCCUUCCCACAUUAUCCAUGUUCCUGCAGAGCAGAUUCAGAGCCCCUCUCCCACCACCCAUGUGAAGGAAGAGCAUAGAAGUGCUUUCUUACCAGGCUUGCUGACCACUGGACCUUGGCUGGGUGCUACUCCUCAGCAGCAACAGCAGCAGCAACAGCAACAACAGCAGCAGCAGCAACAGCAACAACAGCAGCAGCAGCAACAGCAACAACCAGGUCCCAGACUACCCCCACGACAGCCUACAGUUGCGUCACCAGCUGAAUCUGAGGAUGAAAAUCGUCAGAAACCCCGACCUAGAACAAAGAUUUCUGUUGAAGCCCUGGGAAUCCUACAGAGUUUCAUACAAGACGUAGGCCUAUAUCCAGAUGAAGAAGCAAUUCAGACUCUCUCCGCUCAGCUUGACCUACCCAAGUACACCAUUAUCAAGUUCUUUCAGAACCAGCGAUAUUAUCUCAAGCACCAUGGGAAGCUGAAGGACAAUUCUGGUUUAGAGGUGGAUGUUGCAGAAUACAAGGAAGAGGAGCUGCUUAACGAUUUAGAAGACAGCAUCCAAGACAAAAAUGCAAACACGCUUUUUUCAGUUAAACUAGAAGAAGAAUUAUCAGUAGAAGGGAACACAGAGCUUAAUGCUGAGUUGAAAGACUGAUUUUAAAAGUAUUAUUUUCAUUCAACAGUGCCACUGGUAUUUACUAAUGAAAUGAAAAUUCCAUCAUGCAUUCUGUCAAAAACCUUUUAUUAUUCAUUGUUUGGCCAAUGAAUCUUCCAAAACUUGCACAAAAGUUGAAAAAAGGAUAAUGCAGACUGCACUAGAUGUUUUACUCUGUUUUACAAACUGCUUUGCAGCUACAGAUGAAGCGUUGAGGAUUGUUUGAUAUUAAUUUGUGUUCACUGGUACGCUGUGUGAGUGUACCCAAUAAGCAUGAUACCAGUGAUUUUGAUUCUGGAGCCUUCAGACAAGCAUUACAACUUUUGUGAUUUAUUGUUUCAUUUUUUUUAAAUGAUUACUGUAACACUCCACACUUGAUCUUUGAAACUCACGUUUAUUUAAAAAAAAGAGUUUGUUACUCUUGCUCUAUUGUAUGUUACAAAAGAACUAUAGACUGUGGAAUGCAGUUUAAAGAUAACAUAUGCCAACAAAUGCCUUGUAUUAUAUGGCACUGCCGUAAUUCAGAUUUGUUUUCUUUUGGAAAUAAAGGUCACUGUAUUUUUUUUCCAUUCUCAUUGUUACAUGAUUUUUAAAAAAAUGAAAAGAAAAUGUGAAACACAAUUUAGUCCUCAUUAUUUAUUUGUAGAUCCUGCAGCAUCAUGUUGUAAUUAAUUUUUUUGGAAGUUUCCGUUAAAUGUAAUAUUGCUUCUCUUGUUAUCAUACUGAUUUUUUUUUUCUAUUUAUAAAUGUAUUUUGAUGGGCAGUAAAACAAAGUGUCUUAAAAGUUUUAAAUAGAGAAAAUGUGCUUUACACAGUUGCCUAUAAAAAGUGCUCUAUGUUAUCCAAGCAAUUCAUACUAUAAGCUUCACUCUAAUUGUUGUAUGCAAUUUUUACUAUCAUGCAAAUAAGCUUAGGUAAAUAAAACUAAUAGAUCACCUUAGAAACUUAUGCAAUUAAUGUGAAAAUAAUUGAUGUUUGCAAUGUGUCUUCCUUUGGUUUACAAUCAAUUUUAAAGCUAUAGCUGUAUAAAUUUUCUGUAUAAAGGUGUAUUUCUUUUUUAUGAGUUUAUUGCUAUGAAAACACCAGUUAUUUUGUUACAGCUGGCUGUUUUUAUAAGUGUAUCACAAUUUUCUUUAUGCAGAAAUGUUCUGACUAGGAGUGGUUAUUGACUGUAACUACACAAUUAAAAUUGUUUGUAUGGUAUGAUAUGGCA